CGACUCCCUCCCGGCGCCGCUAAGUUUCCUCGACUGGAACCGCGCAGAGCCCGGGCCGGGCCGGAGCGGCGCCCCCGCUGCCCUGUCCCAGCGCGUAGACACAGGGCCCGGCCCCGGCCUCGGCCCCGGCCCCCGCCGAGGCAUGCUGUGCGGCCACUGGAGGAGCCGCUGGAGGAGCUGCCGGCGCCGGGAGCCCCCGGGGCCGGCCCAGGUCGCAGCGUCCGUCGUGCUCCCGUCCCCGCCGGCGCCCCAGGACGGCGGCACCAAGAGGCCCGGGCUUCGAGCGCUGAAGAAGAUGGGCCUGACGGAGGAUGAGGACGUGCACGCCAUGCUGCGGGGCUCCCGGCUCUGCAAGAUCCGCUCGCGGACGUGGCAGAAGGAGCGGCUGUACCGGCUGCAGGAGGACGGCCUGAGUGUGUGGUUCCAGCGGCGCGUCCCGCAUGCGCCGUCGCAGCACAUCUUCUUCGUGCAGCACAUCGAGGCCGUCCGCGAGGGGCACCAGUCCGAGGGCCUGCGGCGCUUCGGGGGUGCCUUCGCGCCCGAGCGCUGCCUCACCAUCGCCUUCAAGGGCCGACGCAAGAACCUGGACCUGGUGGCGCCCACGGCCGAGGAGGCGCAGCGCUGGGUGCGCGGCUUGGCCAAGCUGCGCACACGCCUGGACGCCAUGAGCCAGCGCGAGCGCCUGGAUCACUGGAUCCACUCCUACCUGCACCGGGCGGACUCCAAUCAGGACAGCAAGAUGAGCUUCAAGGAGAUCAAGAGCCUGCUCAGGAUGCUCAACGUGGACAUGAACGACAUGUACGCCUACCGCCUCUUCAAGGAGUGUGACCGCUCCAACAACGAGCGGCUGGAGGGGACCGAGAUCGAGGAGUUCCUGCUGCGGCUGCUGAAGCGCCCGGAGCUGGAGGAGAUCUUCCACCGGUACUCGGGCGAGGACCGCGUGCUCAGCGCCCCGGAGCUGCUGGAGUUCCUGGAGGACCAGGGCGAGGACGGCGCCACGCUGGCCCGCGCGCGGCGGCUCAUCCAGACCCAUGAGCUCAACGAGACAGCCAAGCAGCACGAGCUGAUGACGCUGGACGGCUUCAUGAUGUACCUGCUGUCGCCCGAGGGGGCUGCCCUGGACCCGGCCCACACGUGCGUGUUCCAGGACAUGGGCCAGCCCCUCGCGCACUACUUCAUCUCCUCCUCGCACAACACCUAUCUGACCGACUCCCAGAUCGGGGGGCCCAGCAGCACCGAGGCCUACGUGAGGGCCUUCGCCCAGGGGUGCCGCUGCGUGGAGCUGGACUGCUGGGAGGGCCCGGGAGGGGAGCCCAUCAUCUACCACGGCCACACGCUCACCUCCAAGAUCCUCUUCCGGGACGUGGUCCAGGUCGUGCGUGACCACGCCUUCUCGCUGUCCCCAUACCCCGUCAUCCUGUCCCUUGAGAACCACUGUGGGCUGGAGCAGCAGGCUGUCAUGGCUCGCCACCUCCGCACCAUCCUGGGGGACAUGCUGGUGACGCAGGCCCUGGACGCCCAAAAUCCUGAAGAGCUGCCCUCCCCGGAGCAGCUGAAGGGCCGGGUCCUGGUGAAGGGGAAGAAGCUGCCAGCUGCUCAGGCCGAGGACGGUCGGGUUCUCUCCGACCGGGAGGAGGACGAGGAAGAGGAGGAGGAAGAAGAGGGGAUGGAGGCCGUGGAACAGAAGCCAGGGGCCAAGCAGAUCUCCCCGGAGCUGUCGGCCUUGGUGGUGUACUGCUGUGCCGCCCGCCUGCGGACCCUGAGCCCGGCCCCCGUGCCGCCCCAGCCCCGCCACGUCAGCUCCCUCAGCGAGCGCAAGGCCAAGAAGCUCAUCCGAGAGGCGGGGAACAGCCUCGUCAGGCACAACACCCACCAGCUGACCCGUGUCUACCCGCUGGGGCUUCGGAUGAACUCGGCCAACUACAGCCCCCAGGAGAUGUGGAACUCGGGCUGCCAGCUGGUGGCCCUGAACUUCCAGACGCCUGGCUACGAGAUGGACCUCAACGCCGGGCGCUUCCUCGUCAACGGGCAGUGUGGCUACGUCCUGAAACCCCAGUGCCUGCGGCAGCCCGACACGGACUUCGACCCCGAGAGCCCGGGGCCCCCAAGAACUACUCUCACCGUGCAGGUGCUGACCGCACAGCAGCUGCCCAAGCUGAACGCAGAGAAGCCCAGCUCCAUCGUGGACCCCCUGGUGCGCAUUGAGAUCCACGGGGUGCCCAUGGACUGCGCGCGCAAGGAAACCACCUACGUGCUCAACAACGGCUUCAACCCCCGCUGGGGGCAGACCCUGCAGUUCCAGCUGCGGGUGCCAGAGCUGGCGCUGGUGCGGUUCGUGGUCGAAGAUUACGACACCACGUCCCCCAACGACUUUGUGGGCCAGUUCACACUGCCUCUCAGCAGCCUGAAGCCAGGGUACCGUCACAUCCACCUGCUCUCCAAGGACGGGGCCUCCCUGUCCCCAGCCACGCUCUUCGUCCAUAUCCGAGUCCAGCGCUCCUGAAGGCCCGACAGACCCACCUCGGGGACCUGCCUGCGGACACCAGUCUGCAUGCCGCCCACCGCGGAGGCCUUCUCCCCUGGGCGGUGGGAGGACCAGCCCACCCAGCCUGCCACUUCGCCUGCCGGGCAGGCUCUGCCGCAGCCCCUCCUGCAGAGCCGGUGGUUGACCUCUGCCCCGCAGCCCUGGGGGGGGCCCCAGCUCGAGACCUCAGCCCACCCACACUGUGGCCCACCCAGAGCCAGGCCUGCUCCCGCCAGGAGCCAGAAGACCUGGGAGCAGGACGUAAGUGCCUCACCUGAGCUCGCUUCUCUCGUUGAAGCCAGAGAGGAGCAGAGGCUGGGUGCCCUGGGGACACCAAGAAGUAGGUUUUAGUUCGUGACACAGAAGCGUCCUGGAGAGGACAGGAGAACAGGACUAUUUUUAAAAACAAAGAAGGAAAUUUCCUUCACCACUGCCACCCCAAGCACCUGAGGCCACAGCCAGGCCCAUGAGGAGGGACGGGCUGGAGCCCCUCGGGCCCUUCCACACAAGCGGGUGUGAGUUCGUCUAAGACGACUGGGGGUGCUGGAGACCCCAUGGCUCAAAAUAGCCCCCAGCCCUCUCAGCUUAACGCUGCCGCCAGCGUCGCAGACGGAGGACACCCACCACGAGCUGCCCGCGCCAACCCUCGGAGGGGCCUCCCGUGGGGAGGCGGCUGGACGGCCUUCGGCUGGGACAGAGCUCUCACGGCCCUGCAGGCUGGGGGCAGGCCCCUGACUCUCCGGACUGGGCAGGGCAGACAGACUCCAGAAACCGGAGCUUGCCUCCCCCAAGCCAAGCAGCCUUUCAGAUGCAGGCCUGAAGGCCGUGCCUGCCCCGCCGCCUCCCAAGACGCGAGCAGCCGGAGCCCCGGAGACACCGGGUGACAGAAUCCAGAGAAGACGGGCAGAGAGGUGUUUUUCUAGGGUUAAACGUGGAGCCCUGCCCCCUUGGGUCCUGUCAGGCAACACACUGACCCGGGACAAGGGCAGAGCUGGACGGCAGCUCCCCACACAGGUGGUGCCCUCUCGGGCUGCAGCUCAGGGCCCAGGUUCCCCGGAAGGGGGCUCAGAGGCACCAGCCACGGGGUCUGGAAGGAGCACAGGGUCAGGGACAGCAUCAACAGUCCCAGAGGCGGCCUGGUUGGCCGGCGGGGCCCACCUGGGCGGGGCUCACCUGCGAGGGGCAUUGCCCUGCAAACCGAAGCCGCAGGUGUCUGUGCCCAGUCAGGCCUCCUGUGAGGUAACCAACCAGUGUUUUUCUCCCCCUCACUGAUGCCUCCCUCCCCUCCCCUCCCCUCCCUAAAAUCAAUAAGCAUGUCCUCAGUGAGGAUAAAAUAUUGUAUGUAUUAAAAACAUAUUUUAAAAAGUUUUUAAAAGUUCCGAAGUCCCAGAGGAAGACAGCAGGGAGCGGGCAGUCCCCAGCAGAGCCUGGGGCCCUCCCGCAGGCGGGCCGUGGGCCGGCUGGCCUGCGGCGUUGGGAGCGGCCCCGGUGGCUCCACAGACCCGCCGGACCCCUGGCCCUGGGGGAGAUGUGGCAUCUGAACAAGUGCAGGGCGGCGCCCGUCCCGGACCGAGGGGGCGGAUCCCCCGGCUGCGGAAGCCCGGCCCGGGACUGGCGCCUCUGCCACGGUGCCCGGCGCGGGCACAGAGCCCGGCCGCCGAGAGGCUGGGUCAGUACUGGCCCCUCGGCGGUGGGCAGGGGUUUGGGGAACGGCGCCCAGUCUGCCCCGAGGGCCUCGCCCAGCGUCUUCAGGAGCGGCCAGGUGCUGCGGCCACAAGAAGGGCCUUUCCCUGCAGGACGCUCACUCUCAGGGAGGGGGCCCUCCAGCCUCCCCCCGCCCCACCUGCCGUGCAGAGGAAAACCAGGAGGGCAGAGGGGUUUAUUCAGCUGCUUCCUUUAUUAGAAACAAGUGAGAUGUAUCGAGCGGACAAGGCAAUUCCUCCCCCACCCUGGAAAUGGAUGCCCCGCCCGCAGCCCAGAGAAAAGCCAAGACAGAAAGGUGAAGCUUCCCCGUCCCAGACGCCGCACCUGCCUGCAGUCGAUGUUCUUGAACUGAACGCAGCUGCCCCACUAAGGCUCCUGGGGGCAGCCCGCCGGCCGGGCUGCUGCGUUCACUCGGCAGCAGGGCAGAGCCCCGGCCUCGGUCUCCUGUCGGGGCAGGUGGGCCGGGCCAGAGACACACUCCCAGCCCCCUCCCCUGGCCAGGCAGCACCUCCCCCCUGCUUCUAGACCACUUUGCCCUGAAGCUGCCCAGGCCUUUGGGCCACCCCUUGGGUUGGCUAAAUGCUGGUCAUCUCUGAGCAAAGAAUUCAAGACCACUGGGUCACGCAGCCUCGGGCCUCAGUGAGCCAGGGAGUAAGGGCGGGGGUGGGGUUGGGGGGGGGGAUGGCAAUCAGAAGGGAGGUGCAGGCAGGGCCCCAAGUGGCUGGGUGUGGGCCAGCCUCCAAGCCAGAGGUCAGCAUCUACGGAAUUGGGCGUGGGUCGGGAAACAAGCCCCACACAGACCUCCGUCCAGAGCCCAGGCCUCUCCCAGCAGAGAUGGGAGGCCGUGGGAACUGGUCUCGGCGUCAGGGGUCAAAUGCAGUCAAUCCAAAGGCAGGAAAUAACAUUCAGACACACGGGAGUCCACCCGCCCGGCGCCAGCACGGAGCACUGGUGGCACAGAAAAAGGGCCGCACCCAGGAGGCUGCCCAACAGUAGCCGCCCGGGGCAGGUCCCUGGGGGAGGAGGCCCCGGGUCCUUCCCUUGUUUGGUUCUACCAGCCACAGCUGCACUGCCCUGCCCCAGUCAAGGCUCCUUGUGGGGAGGCCCUGAACCCCAAACGAUGGCUCUCUCCGAGUGCUCUGACCUGAAGUCCUGCAAGGGGCUGAGUGAAGAACCCAAGGGCUGUGUGGACAAAGAGGAGGCUGACGCAGCCGCUGCCGAGCCAACCCCCAAAGACCCGGGGGUGAUGCUGAGGGUGGGGCAGGGUCCCCACCACGAACAACAGAGUCCAAGGAGCAGGCCGCGCGGCUCUGGAGGGGACACCGAGACCUUUCCAGGAGACCUGCUUCUUCCGGAGCAGCCACGGGCCUCGCAGUUUCCAUCCCGUGACCUGGGCCCACCGAGGCCAAGGUCGCUCCAGGGGCGGUCGAGCACCCCGCACUACACAGGCAGUGCAGGCUGGGGCUUGGCCCAGAGCUGACCGAGCCUCUGCCAGGGAGUGUUUCCAAGUCCCAGGUCCUGCCCAAGGCAGCCAAGAGGCGGGCUCAUUGUUCUCUGAUACCCUUCAAGCCCGAACAGGGCGAGCCGCUGGGUGACUCGGGGCGCUGGGCCUGACACCUGCAAGGCUGGAAGGUGAGCCCCGGCCUCUCCGACUCCUCCUGUCUGCGGAAUGCGGUGAGUCUCUUGCUAAGAACAGCAGCUUCUUUGGUCUGGGUAUCUUGGAGUCAAGGAGUCGAAGGUCAGCCGUGAUCUUUGGUGCCCGCAGGUUGCAGCACAGGGACGACAGAAGGGAGGCCCUGCAGGCCUCGCUGGGAGUCCGGGCCGGGCCGCAGAACUAGCCUCUGGCGAACCUCACCGAAACCCACAGCCUGAAACCGGGCUCUGCUGGCCUGCGGGGCCUGGCUUCAGUGAGGAGGCCAGGCCGAGCCCGGCCGCCCGGCUACGACUUCCUCUCCCCUGCAAGCAGCCGGGAGGCGAAAGCAGCCAGGAAAGCCCCAGGCCACGCAGCCCACCCACUCACUUUCUCCCACAGCACAAGUCACACAGAAGCCAGGACUCGGGCUGCUGACAAUUCCACGGCCCGACCCUCCCCAACACUGGGCUGGGCACAAACGGGGGGUGCCUGCACGGCCACGUGCCUGGGGGCCCCACCCGUGGCGGGGAACCUGGCAGCAUCCAUAAACGUCACCACCACCACCACCACCACCACAAAACCCACCAAACAGCCUCCGUGAAAGUCAUGCUGGGACCAUGGCAACACAGAACCAUUUCUGUUGCCAAGUCCAGACUGGCGUAACCACCGUUCCUCGAACUCUGUGUGUCUUGGACAAGCGGUGGCCAGUGGGUUGGAAGGCACAAGCCAGGGACUGGUGGCCGAAGGCGCCUGGGAUCGGCCCCACGCCGCCCCUGCCCAGCCAGCCCCAGGGCCGCCAGGGUGCUGGCUCUCUGCUCGAAGACGAGCUAACCAGGGAUUGCACUGACAUGGUCUCCUCAAGGUCCCAAAUGCUACAAGGAGGUCAAAAGUCCCCUUCAAGGUGCCAGUCACCCGUGGGAGUGGAAAAACAGUCUCUCAGGGUGCCCGUGACCAUAAGAUUGGCAACAGCUGGCUGGAGAGUCGGCAGGACUUCCGCCAGGGAGCAGGCCAAGAGGAUGGAGGGAGGGACUCAACAGACUCUGCGUCCCCAGGGCGCCGCAGCGCCCGGCUUCCGAGUGCGGGACACGCCCAGGGCCUGCGGGCGAGCCUGAGUAGGGCCGGCCCCACCCAGGACGCCGGCGCCUGUGGUCUGCGAGAUCUGAGCACCGCCCCCCCCGCCCCGCCCCGAAGCUUGGCGCAGUCCCUCCACCGUACCCCGCGCUCUCGAAGCCAACCAGUGCAGCCGAUUCGGAAGGGGAACCGGGUAGACGCCCCGCAUCCUCUUUCUCCUGCUCCCCCAAGAAGCGCCAGUGCCUGCUCUCAGGA